AGUAUCCUUUUGGCGUUCUGUGUGCGCGGUUGUCUGCCGCUCGUCCUGAAACGAAAUCAAACAAACUCUCAAAUGAAAUAACACAAAUCGCGUAGAAUUUGUUAAGUUUUUAUUUUAUGUUUGGACAUUUUGCAAAGAAAAAGUACGUGCAAUAAUUGUUAUAUCGUACUACAACCAAAGUUUACGUGUUGUGAAUAAAUCAGUGUUGUGUGUUAAACAAAAUUUCAAGUUUCGACGAUCGAUUGGAUUAAAAUACCACUUCUAACUACUCUAUUUGGAUUAUUAAACAAAACAAACAAACUAAAAUGGAUUACAAACACGAUAUGAAUUCGGAUGAUGAUUUCGACUGCUCCAAUGGCUAUAGCGACGGCUAUAGCAGCAAUGGACGUCACUCUAAUCCCAAUGGGAUGUCCAAAGCCGAGCUCCGAAAGACCAACAAACCUAUUAUGGAAAAACGCCGACGUGCUCGUAUUAAUCACUGUCUAAAUGAACUGAAAUCUCUGAUUCUAGAAGCUAUGAAAAAAGACCCGGCGCGACAUACCAAACUGGAAAAGGCCGACAUACUCGAGAUGACGGUGAAGCAUUUGCAGUCCGUGCAGCGCCAACAGCUCAACAUGGCCAUCCAAAGUGAUCCGACGGUGGUGCACAAGUUCAAGACUGGCUUCGUAGAAUGCGCCGAGGAGGUGAAUCGCUAUGUCAGCCAGAUGGAGGGUGUCGAUUCGGGUGUUCGUCAACGUCUCAGUGCCCAUCUCAACAACUGUGCCAACAGUCUCGAGCAGAUUGGUUCGAUGAGCAACUUCAACAACGGCUAUCGCGGCCAAUUGCCCCAGGCCAUGUUCCCUGGCUCCGCUGCACCCCUCUUUCCCCCACUGCCACAGGACCAGAACAACAACAAUCACAGCAACAACAAUAGUCGGGAGACUGCGCCAGCCAUACAGAUGGGAGGACUUCAGUUAAUCCCCUCACGUUUGCCGUCGGGCGAGUUUGCUUUGAUCAUGCCCAACUCGAGCACAACAACGGCGCCUGCUCCGGCACCAUUUGUCUGGCCGGGAUCGGGAAUGAAUGCAGCCAGUGCAGCGUUGGCCAGCAUUGCGAAUCCCACACAUCUCAGCGACUACACUCAAAGCUUCAGACUGAGUGCUUUCAAUAAGCCCACAGCAACCGCUCAGACACAACUCCACGCUGGCGGAGCAUCAGCCACUGCAGUGACAAAGAACACCACCAGCAGCCCACCACUGAGUCCCAUCUCCUCCGUCUCCAGCCAGAGUCAGGGUGAUGAGUCACGUGCUGCCUCGCCGGCAAAUGCCGUCCAGGCGGAGCUGUUGCUGGCCAAGCAGCACAGCUUUGCGGGCGUCUUUUCCACGCCACCUCCGACCAGCGCUGAGACAUCGUUCAACACCAGCGGCUCACUAAAUCUGAGUGGAGGCAGUCACGACAGCAGCGCCUCUGCCCACCACACAUCCCACUCAUUGAUGGCGCAUCUGCAGCAGCAGCAAGUGAGCUCCACCAGCGGCCAGGAGAGUUCCGCCCUUAAGCGGGAGCGGGAACGUGAGGCUGACCUGGAGCAGGAGCAUGGAGGAGAUUCUAGCGAUUGUUCGUUGUUGGAUGAACCAUCGUCUAAGAAGUUUUUGGCCGCCGCCAUUGAGAAAUCCAGCUCCGCCUGGCGUCCGUGGUGAAU